GAAAGAUCCGCGGAGGCCGGCAGCGGUGUUUGUAUCGGGGGGUGCGGUAUCUGUCCGCAUCUGCAUCCUGAAGUAGCCGGUGAGGGCCUCACAGGUGCGCAGACAUCAGAUCUGUUCUCAUGAUGCCUGCACGCCCUGAAGCAGCUGGCCUCCAUGGUGCUUUGCUGUGUGCGGUGUGGUAUAGAGUAGGUCACUCAUCCGUAGCCUCCUGCAAUGGACCGUGACGAUAGCGAUGACCGCGGGGCUCGUCCACAGGUCAGCCACUCACGGGGCUCUCCACUUCCCUGCCGCAUCUGUGUGGUCUUGGUGGUGUGUUACAGUCGGCAAAUGUGGAUGACGCCCUUGAUCAGCUUGGGAAGGAGAAGCAUCGCACCGACACACUCUACCGCACCAUACAAACACAAGUGAGUGAGUGAGUGAGUGAGCGAGGGUAGAGUGGCCGUGAUAGGCGCGUGGUGGCAUGUGUGUAUCGUGAUGUUUGUGCGUUGUCAGUUGGCGGCUCAGCGUGCCUCCCUGACGGCCGGCGAUGUGGGUAGGGUACUGGGUCACAUCACCCGAGGCGGUGAUUGUCUGAAGGAGGCCGCCGAUUGUCUGAGCGGACUGACUGAGGUGCGUGAAGACGAGUGGUGUCCAUCGACCACACACACGUCAAUGUGUGUGUUUGUGUUGUGUGUGCAUCAUUCAGGGUGACGGCAGUGUGCGUACGGGAGUGGCGGACAGCUCAUGGAGCGUCGAUGGCGGUAUGUGUGUGCAUCGAGGCCAGCCAGAGAGGCUUGGAAUGAGUUCCGUUUAUCAGAUGCCUUCUCUGUGUGGGUCAAUGUGUGUGUGAUCAGGUAGCAGCUGUAUCGGAUAGCAAGCGGGCCCGAUUGGAUGGUCACUCAGACCAUCCUGCUGCUCCUGCUGCUGCUGCUGCUGCUGCUGCAAGUGCAGGUGGGCGGCGACACAGAAGAUGAACCACACACAUCAGACGCACUCAAUGCCCUCUCUGUCUGUCUGGUUGUUGUGCAGGUGGUGUGUCGGGCGUCUCUCAGCAAGAUGAGCAAACCCAAAACCAGCAGCACCACAACCACCAGCAGCAGGUCAGGCAGACAGCACACGGGGCCUGGCCAAGGCAGCAACCAAUCAACGGCAGGCUUGUUGACGCCCUCAUGUUCUCUGUCCAUCUGCGUGUGUACGUGUGUGUCAGGUUGCGUGUGGGCCGUGUUUGUGUGGCCUUGAGGGCCCGUUGGUGUGCGAGAUGGCCUCCUUUCUCACCACCAUCGAGGCCACCGUCCUCUGUCUUGUCAACAAGGACAUCAACAGCAAGGCCGACUACACCGCCAACACAACCACCACCGAGGACAAGACCGACGACACGCCAUUUGGCAUCUACCACAACCUGACCAUCGCAAAGGAGGAGUGCAAGACGUGGGCGAACCUCAACCAGCCCACACGCGCACGCCUGAAGACCAAACUGGUGAGGCAGAGUGUGUGCUCAUCGUGUCGCCUCAUAUCCAUGCGUUCGUCUGUCGAUAUGGUGUCUGUGUGGCUGUUCAGGGCAACGUCAAGACGGCUCGCAUCGCGUGGCCCAUCGACAGCCCCGGUCGGAGGCGGUCCUCAGGCAGGAGCGGCGGGCGGCUGGUGGCGGAGUGUCUGGCGGGAUCAAAGUCGUCCCUGGAGGACUUGCACAUGACAUCAUGGGACGGGGAUCACGGCAAGAACCCUGGUCGGCUGCCUGCCGUCGUCUUUACCAAGCUGAGGCUGCUCGCCGUUACAUCAUUUAAAUGCCUUACCUACUUCAGGUGAGAGGGAAUAGGACUCAUGAAUCGAUUUGAAAUGUCCGUCGGACGUACUGCCAUUGUCCAUCUUGCUAUCCUUCUGCCUUGUCUGUCUGUCCCUCAGGAAGUGCAACUGGACCUUCCCGAGCCUCGUCGACUUGCGGGUCAGCACCACGACGGGGAGCCAGCUUCCCGACGUCACCCACAUCGUGCGGUCAUCCCCCCAGCUGCGCACACUCACAACGACCAACAGCUGGGAAAAGAUCGACGGCAGGGGCAGCGACUGGUGUGAGUUCGCCAGUGCCCUCGGGCAGUGCCCUCACUUGACGACCAUCCGCGGGCUGGCCAUCGGGAUCGGCAACGACUGCAGCCACCUGCCUGACUUGCAGAAGGCCCUCGACACCCCUGGGGCAAAGAGGAGAACCGAGGUAGGUGGGUGGGCUCAGAUGGGCAGACAGCCAGCCAGGCAAUGCACGUCCUGCGCUCCUCUUCCUGCUUUCAUGUUGCAUCCCUGCCUCCCAUCGUGUAGGCGUCAAGAAGACCAUCGAGUUCGAGUACGACCCCAGCAUCAGCUGCACCUUCAGCGACGAGACCCGUCCCCUGCACACCUUCCUCACGUGGGCGGGAGGAGUCCGCGUGUCCAUCGAGUGGCUCGGCGGGAAGGUCAGGAUGGAUUGCAGCAAGGCUGUGUCGAGCUCUAUGGCCCCUCCUGCUGUGCGUGGCCCCGUGGCUGACGUGGUCAAGCAGAUGGCGUCCCAGGCAGCGAUAGUAAGUCGAAUGACAGUGAUGGCAUUCUUCCACCCAUCUGUCUAUCGUGUUGUACACGCCAUGGCUGCCUGUGUGCCUCAGGUGGACUUGUAUUUGGGCGGGAGCCGACUGCACGACUCAUGGAAGGACCUCCAUUUUCCCGCCGCAGACCUGCUCCAAAUCGUGGGCACCGCAGACCCGCAGGAGGUCAUCGAGAGCAUCCCCAAAUGGCUGCUGGAGGUCGAUGAGGACGGCAACAACGUGUGCUUCCCCAAGAUAGACUACCUCGAUAUCUCGAUGGGGCGUGUGGGGGAUGAUGGCCCACCUGCAGAGGCCUGGCACUUGCCGGCCGCCCCCAACGCACUCAGUACACUGCUAGGCAGCCUGCGGAUGGUCACGUCAGUCUGCUUCAACAGGUCUAGUUUGUCCGCCGUGUGUGAGUGCCUGUCACACAUGACCGUCGACAAACUAGAUACGUUGGAGGUCUCUGUGGGCGACCAUCUGACUGCACUGCCUGACCCCACCCCAGUACACACUGCCGUCUGUGCACCGUCAACUCUUCCCGAUACGUGACUGGGGGCGGCCCGCAGUGAGCAAGGCAGCUGCCUUGUCGUGUAUGCGUUUGGCCUCACUCACUCACGCACACGAGGCAGAGUUUGAGUUUUACAUAGCGUCAGACCAGUUUGACUUCCACCGGGACUAUGGGGAGCUAGAGGGAUGGGCGGGAGAUGAUGAAGAUGAAGAUGACGAUGAGGAUGCUGUGUGGGAGCGGGAGAGGGAGCUACUAGAGCAGGCCAUGAAGGAGCAUGGCAAGGGCUGCAUGCGCGCGUUGGCCACUGAGUGCUAUGAGGUAGUCAAGGGAGGAUAUCAUCUGACGGACGUAGACGUCAGCUGUGACGUGGAAGACGACGAGACCACGACGCAGCCGGUGUCCUACGGCCGUUUGCAGCUGAAGGUGUUAGCCAAGGGUGCCACAGCAGGCUCACCGACUGACUGACUGACUGGCUGACUCACUCGCUGCUGACAUGUGGAUCUGUCUGGCUGUGGAUGAAAUGCCCGUGUGCAUGCGAUGUGCACUCGAGUGGAAUGUGUGCGUGUGGUUGCUCAGCUGCAAUGAUGAAUGGGAGUUUUUCGAGACAUUAAGAGACACAGACAGCCGUGCGAGUAGUAUGUUCAUCCUUUGCCGACCGCCCGAUGUAAACGAUGAAGAUUCAUUGAGG